UUUAACUUUUUUAAAAGACAUGGUAUUAUUCACAUACCAUCUAUUCCAAUAUUAGGUGCCAUGGCACCAAUUAUAUUUCGCCGAAUGUCAUUUGUCGAUUUCACCAGAAAAAUAUACAAUUUAAAUCGAGACGCAAAAUACAUUGGACUUUAUGCUACAAUGAAGCCAGUUCUUAUGCUCCGUGAUCUGGAAGUGAUCAAGGAUGUUGUCAAGAAUUUCGAUACGUUUAUCAAUAAUCCCACUUUCAUUGAUGCUAAUGACUAUGUGCUUUCACAGAGUCUGUUUGGUCUGCAAAACACAAAGUGGCGGCACGUAAGAAAAUUACUAUCUCCGUUCUUUACCUCUAGUAAGAUGAAAAUUAUGUUUACUUUUAUGUCGAAACAUGCUGCGGAUUUUGCUGAAUUGAUGUCAACAUUACCAGCCUAUAAAAGUGACAUUAAUAUGAAAGAUAUCUUCGAUAGAUAUACGAACGAUGUCAUUGCCUUAUGUAUUUACGGAAUGAAGAUCGAUUCUAUAAGAGAUCCAACAAACAAGUUUUAUAUUUGUGGCAAAGAUAUAACUUAUGCGUCAGCAAUACGUAGCAUAAAGUUUAUUUUUAUUAGAACCUUUCCGAAGCUCGGACGAAUACUUAAUAUAAAACUU